AUGGAAAUCGCAGAAAUGCUCGAGCGUAGAAUUGACAUCUGCUGCCUUCAGAAAACCUGUUGGAAAUCGAAUGGUGUUUGUCAUGUCAACUCAGACAAAGAAAAAUAUAAACUAUUCUGGAAUGGUCAAAAGUCGGCCAAAAAUGGUGUUGGAAUUUUUGUCAGAGAACCACUAGUCCAAGAAGUACUAGAUAUUAAAAGGAUUAAUUCACGUCUCAUGUGGAUCAAGCUUCGCAUAGAAAAGCAAACAAUGAUUAUUUUUUCUGCAUACGCACCACAGACAGGCGAAUCAGAAGAGAUGAAAAAUGACUUCUGGACUGCAUUCUCUGACACUAUCUCAACAAUACCAAAAUCUGAAACAAUCCUGAUUGGAGGCGAUCUCAAUGGCCACGUUGGA